GAGGAAGAGGGCAAAGACUGUCUCAAGUUGAUCCGGAUGUUUGUUUUUAUUGCAAAAAGCCCGGACAUUGGAAAAAUGAGUGCCCGCUUUUGAAUAGACACACGGCGGCUGCUGCGGCAAAGUCUAAACCGAAAGCAGAUUGACGGCAGAGUGCGAGAGAGGAGGGGGGAGUUGAGAGCAAAGUCUACGGCGACCACACUUCAGUAACAGAUAAGUUUGACACACACACACCCACAUCUGACACUGCGAAUUGCAAUGAAGAAAUGCUUGCUGCGAAUUGCAAUGAAGAAAUGCUUGCUGUCAUACACGAUUGCAUUGCUAAAUUAGAAAAUGAGAAAUCUUUCAGACAAAGAGAAUUAGGCACAUAUACUCAUUUGAAUGACUUAGCAUAUCAACAAAUGCCAGAGGUUAGCUUAUGGGUAGACGGAAUUGAAAGGGUGUUUUUAGCUGAUACGGGGGCCACGAGUUCAGUAUUAAGGAUAAAUGAGUUUACCUCUGUCCCCAAAUUGAGUGGAAAUUUUGCAUGGACGAUUUCUGCAUCUGGUCAUACUGUUAAAGAGAAUUAUACAGUCCCUCUGAGGUGUAAAGAUGAGAAUGGUGCAAGUUUCAGACACAGCUUCCUCCUCUCACAGCACUGUCCAAAAAAUCUGCUGGGGAGAGAUUUGUUGUGCAAACUGGGUAUUUCUCUAAUAUCUGGUCCAGAAGGUGUGAAAGCAGUUCAGUGCCAAAUUCAAACUCUGACUGCAAUCCAACAUACACCACUAUACGUUUAUCAAUGGAAAUUGCAAGAUGAUGAAUUAUGCGAAAGUCUUGUCAAUGGCGCUAAAGACAGAGUUUCGCCUGAUUCUGAUUUUAUGCCAUUCUCAGACUUACAUUGCUCAGCACAUGUGUCUCUGGCUAGAGACGAGUUGUUUGAACAGAAAUGGUUUCCACGUAUUGAGAUAUUGCAAUUGAAUUGGCUAAUUUGGACAGAAAAUAAAUGUGCUGCUGCUGUUGCAUUAACCGAUGAACAGCAGGUGUUUUUUGAUGUUGUGGAUUCUUUUCCCCAUGUGUCGUUGUCGAAAGGGAGCGACAAUCGUUGGGAAGACAUUGGUCCCUUUGUAAAGACGUGUAUCUUUCAUGAAAAUUGGUUGCGGACUGCUGAGAAAAAUGUUGAAUAUAAUCCAACUCUGUCUGCAUAUCGAACGAAUUUGACUGAGCCUGCUGCGAUGGCUGAACGCACAGUUCAUGUGAGUGAAAGUGCAUUACCCAAUCACUGCUUCCUUACAGAAACUGAAAUGGAAAGCAUUCCAGCUCUCAAGGAAGUUCCAAAGACUGUUUGGGCUUCUUCUAAAUAUGACGUGGGGUUGAUCAAGAAUUGUGACCCUAUUCAAAUUAUUCCAAAAUCUGAUUACAGACCAUGCAAACCUCAAUAUCCUUUGAAAAGGGAAGCUAUUGAGGGAAUCAAGCCAGUUUUUGAGGCAUUGAAAAAGGCUGGAGUGAUUGUGGAAUGUGAGAACUCUCCUGUGCGUACACCCAUCUUUCCUGUCAAAAAGAUAAGAGACGCAGACCAGCCGGUUGAGUGGAGGUUUGUGCAAGACUUGCAGGCUGUAAAUGAUGCAGUUCAGACACAGGCUCCUAUUGUUCCCAACCCGUAACUCCUAUCACAAAUACCAGGUGAUGCUGAAUGGUUUUCGGUUGUUGAUCUUUCCAAUGCUUUCUUUUCUGUGCCGGUUCAUAAAGACAGCCAAUUUUGGUUUGCUUUCAAUUUUAAUGGCAAACCUUACACUUUUACUCGACUUUGUCAAGGAUUCAAAAAUUCGCCUGUAUUGUUCGGCGAGGCACUGAAGAGAAGUUUGGAAACAUUACAAUUGGCACCAGGGUCAGCUUUAAUUCAAUAUGUCGAUGAUCUCUUAAUAACAGCCAGAGAUGAAGAAACUUGUACACAGGACACUGUAAAGCUGUUGAAACAUUUGGCUGUUGAAGGCCACAAGGUCAGUUUGUCAAAGUUGCAGUUUGCAAAAAGGGAGGUGACGUUUCUAGGUCACAUUGUCAACAAGCAGGGAAAAUCUCUAACACAAAAGAGAAUAGAGGCAAUUCAAAAGAUUCCAAAGCCUCUGACAAAAAAGCAGCUCAUGUCAUUUUUGGGAAUGUGUUCAUAUUGUAGAACAUUUAUUCCCAACUAUGCCAUUGAAGAGUCACCUUCUAUGCAGGGUUUCGCAACACCAGAAGAGAAAAAACAAUGGGUGAAGGCCGAGUGCAAGCUGAAAGACAACAUCUCUCAACAGGUCAAGGACGCUCUACCUAAACCAGCAGAAGGAUUUCUGCAUGACAUCAGACCUGGUGAUUUUGUGGUGGUCAAGGAUUUCAGAAGGAAACAUUGGAAAUCAAGGAGGUGGAACGGCCCGUUCCAGGUCCUGCUGAUAACGCACACUGCGGUUAAGGUGGCUGAGAGGGCUACGUGGAUACACGCCAGCCACUGCAAGAAGGUCCCACCACCACCAGAGGGAGACCCAACUCAAUAA